GUUGGCCUAGAUCUAAGGUCAUUGGUUAUAAAUAGCGCAGCUGGCUCUAUACCAUAUUUACAUACGGUGCAAACGAAUAAGUAACUACUAGCAUAGCACUGUUAAAGUUAUUCGGGACAAGGAGUAGCAGUAUCAUUUUAGUUUUUUGGCACACUAAUUCAACACGGCAACAGACACAGAAACGUAGACAUUUCAGCGUAUAAAACCAUCAUUAAGGAGCUAUAACUGGAUAGUUUGGAUAAUAAGGCAAAAUCAAGGACAGGAGAUAUUUCUUUAUAACUGGAAGUAUAUCUGAUACCAUGCAAUGAUGGACAUCAAAUUGACUAUUGUGCAGCCUAGGACUAUCUAGCUGUAGACAACACAACAUUUUGAUGAAAUUCAGGAGAAUUUGAGCCGUACAUUAUUAGGUGUUCUCUCUAACAGGCAUCACGUCGCUGUACGGGUUACCGGGCGAGUUUGCAAACAUGCAGGUUGAGGGGUCAGACAUGGGGCUAGGCCAGAAUCCUCUAGGGAUGACCAUGAGCCCACUUAACAUCAUGACCCCCAGUCCUAGCAGCAUAGCCUCAAGCCCGGGAGGUGUUGCAAUGGAUGGUGGAGGAGGUGGUGGUCGCAGAAAGCCUAAAGAAGACAAGAUAUGUGGUGUGUGUGGCGACAAAGCUCUAGGGUAUAACUUUGAUGCAAUAUCAUGCGAGUCCUGCAAGGCUUUCUUCAGAAGAAAUGCCCUGAAAGGCUUGGACUAUUUUAAGUGCCCCUAUGAUGAAAAAUGCAAGAUGGAUAUAUCAAAUAGACGAUUUUGUAAAAGAUGCCGCCUGAAAAAGUGUUUCGAGAUUGGUAUGAGAAAAGAAUACAUUCUAACGGAAGAAGAAAAAGCAAGAAAAAGACAAAAGAUAGAAGAUAAUAGGUCAUCCCAAAAGGUUAUCCGCCACUUAGAGCAGUCUGGCCUGAUGAUCAAGCAAGAACCAGGCAUAGAUUCGUCCCCCUCCUCCAGUCUACAGGAGACGCCACUGUCACCAUCAGAAAUGGGCAUGAUUGAGGAAGUGGUUAAUGCCUAUAGAGCAUCUUUGGAAAUAUCAGUUGAGACUGAUGUCUCCAGACAACAUCCUUCCAUGGAGGACUUGGUUAACAUUGCAGAAAUAAGUGUUAGACGGGUGAUCGAUAUGUCGAAAAAAAUCAAGUGUUUCAAGGCUCUACCCCAGGCUGACCAGAUAUCAUUGUUAAAAGGUGGCAGCAUUGAACUUCUAAUCUUACGCUCAGUGAUAUCAUUUGACAAGGAAACACACACGUUCCACGAUGCCAACGAUUCGCAGGAAGAUGCUAUGAAUGUAGGCCAGCUGAAGGAAGCUGACGGCAGACUCUUUGAUGAGCACAUGAAGUUUGUCCGCUCCAUGGCUUUGGAUUUGAAAGUGGAUGAAACCACCAUGAUUCUCUUGCUUGUUAUUUGUCUGUUUUCUCCCGAUCGGCCGAACCUAUUCAAUAAAGACGUUGUGUAUAAGGAACAGGAAAAGUACUCACUUUUGCUUAAGAAAUAUCUCGAGUCACGGUAUAAUAGCACCGAUGCACAGUCGUUCUAUCCUAAACUACUUAUGAAACUUGUGGACAUACGAAAUUUGAAUGAAGAGCAUUCGUCAGUGCUUCUGCGGGUGAAUCCGGAUGCUAUUCAGCCCUUAAUGAUGGAGGUGCUGGACUUGCGUGGGGACAGAGACAGCGAUAGUGAUAAAACCCUAAGUCCAAUUCCGACCACAUGAAGCGCCACCUAUCCUAAAACUACAGUCACAUGUUGGUCAUGCGGAAAUAAAAGUUCCUCUCAGAUAAGAAACUAACAACAUAAUCGGAUAAUUAUUUGGAGUCCAAUGAGAAACCUGUUCUCUAUCAGCUAUGGAUCAUUCAAACUGAUGUAGGAUUGCAACAUAUAGAAUAUCAGCUAUAACAGCAUGAGUCAAAGGUGAUAAAGCCUCUAUAUGGCAUGGAAUAUAUGAGAAAAGCAAGGAAUAUACUACAGUACAUGCGUGUAUAAACAUACAACACGCAUGGCCAGCAUGCUGAGAGAGAAAAUAUAAACAAGGAAGAAUAAGGUGUGAGCUUCAGCAAAUAUCAUAGUCAUUUUAGCCAACACUAAAUGCCAAAUACGUCUAACUGUGAAAAUGCAGCACUGUACAAUAGCAAUACUAAAUGUUAUGCCGCCUAAAUGUGCAAAUUAUUAUUUGGUUUAGUCUAACAUUAAGACAAUGCUCAACUCCCGCAGCCUUCUCACAUGGUCGGAGUGAUAUACAAUGAUACUAGGGAUGUUUUAAUGUUAGACUAUUUUGGCAUUGUUAUUUGGUGCAACUGAUGCUGUAUAUAAUAAGCUAUUGUUAUCAUAUAUGCUUGAAAAGUAAUGCUUUGUGUAUUUCAGUAAGGUUGUAGAUAUACUUGUAAAACUAUUGUGUUCAUAUAUGAAUGAAAGAAUAUAUAACAUCAUAUAUAUUCGACAUAAAUGCGAAAAUCAAACUUUGAAUCAGAAAUAAGUCAAUGAUCUAGCUUGCUUUAGUAGACCCUUAAUCUUCGGCAUCCCUCUGAAUUUGAAUGAAAAUAUGGGAUAAUUUAAGUUUUUGAUUGUUCUACCAUGGUCACGUUGCUAUGGUGCAUCAUUAUGACAUCACUAAACAGCGUGAACAAGAAAUUGAUCUUGAUUUCUCUUAAUUUUAUAUUCUUGUGAUUAAUAUCUAUCUAGUGCAGUUCUUAUUUGCUUAAAUUUCCUCUUUUGUGAAACUUGGAUCUGCAGAUAAUCGUCAUCCACUUGAUACCCAAUGUAAGCUAGAACAUUGACUCGAUAUCAUUCCUUCCAGUUUUCUAUUCCAUCAGGUGCGGCAGUAUUUGCCUUUGUCCACAUAUUUGCGGAAACUUUGAAACUUGAAUUUCGAAUCAGAAUUCAUAUUUUAACAUUCGGAAAACUAGAAGGAGUGUUGAAUAUAUAUAAACAUGAUUGAAUGAAAUCAUCAAUAAGCAUCAAUGACAUUGUACAUAGACAUAUAUACAUCAUCAAACUGCAAUUCUGUUAUGAGAAAAACAUUAUUAUGUGAUAGAUUAAUUAUAAAUAAACACAUGGUCUCUCUUGUGUAGAGUCAACUUCAGGGAAUGGGAGUGAGGAGGUUUGAGUAAUCAAUGGAAAUUUCCAUGCAAAGUCGUCAUGGUGAUCAUGUUUUGAAAUGCAAAAUAGAGUACAUGAGUGGAA